AUGACCGAAACAAUUAAAGCCUUUUUGAAUGGUCAGAAAUACGGGGAAUUUCAAGCGGAGGCUGAAAAAGAAUUAGAAGAAAAAUUAAAAACAGCAAAAAUAGCAACCAAGGCAAAAAAAAUUUGGACUCCUUGGAUGCAUCCUGAUUUAGUAAGAAAUCCGGUAGUUUUUCAAGAGAGAAGUAAAAUUGAAAGAAAAAACCAAGAUCAGGCUCAGGAAAAAAAAGACAUAGUUGAAAAACUGAGAGAUAGCAAUUCUGAUAUUAAAAUUAAUGAAGAAAAUAUUAAGCGGUAUC